AUAACAAAAAAGAAGGCGAAAACGUUUAUGAAUUGUAAUUGAUAAAAGGUUUUCUUGGCUGCAAAAUGGGCUCAUCAUCGGGUAAAAAACACAAAAAGGAUAAGAAACACAGCCAUCGCUCGCGCUCCCAGGAGCGACCAAAUCGCAGCCUGGACGAAGAGGUCACACUGGAUUUGACAGACGACUUGUCGUCAACGCGACAAAAACACCACAAACACAAAAAGCACAAGGAGCAUCGCCACAAGCAUCACAAGCACAAGGAGCGCGAACGGCCCAGCGAGGUCAUCUCCCUCGAGGAAUCGGACUCGGACAGUUCCGACUGUGUCGAGGUGCCCGUGGAGCAAGAAGCCAGAGCAAAGGCACGUGAGCAUCCGGUACGAGAAACUGAAACUGCUCGGGAACGAGAGCGCGAGCCAUCUAUUCGGGAGAGGGAGCGAGAGCGAGAGCCGCCUAUUCGAGAGCGGGAGCGAGAGCGGGAGCCAUCUAUUCGGGAGCGAGAGCCACCUGCUCGGGAUCAGGAGCCACCUCCUCGGGAGCGAGAUCCACCGGCUCGGGAGCGUGAUCUAGAGUUAUCAGCUCCGCCACCACCGCAAAUCUCAAAGCAUGUGGACUACGAGCGCGAGCGACGCCGCGAGCGUGAAACAGAUCGCGAACGCGAGGCACGCAAGCGAGCGGCGAGAGACAGGGAGCGCGUGCGAGGACGAUCCCGAUCACAGUCACCGCCAGCACCAGCUGCGGGCAGUCAUCAGCAGCGCUCGCAGCGUGGCAACAGGGAACGGGAACAGCGCGAGCAAGGACGGGAAAGGGAACGGGAGCGAGAACGUGUGCGUUCCCGCAGCCAUUCGCCCAUACCGGAUAAUGGAGCUGGGGAUGUGCUCUCCAUUGCCGAGACUAAUAAAUUGCGUGCCAAGCUGGGGCUGAAGCCAUUGGAAAUGGAUACGGGUCCCAGUAAGGCAACGUCAACCAGCAGCAGCAGCAAUCAGCAAGAAAGCAAAAAAUCCGGAAUGGAAAAGGAUCUCUCGUCGUACAAGGAUGAGUGGGGCGAGUUUCUGCACAAGCCAGCGGAUAACAUCAAGGAGAAGAAGCAGGCCGAGAAGUUGCGCGAGAAGCUCAAGCAGAGCAAGGAGAAACGUUUCCUCGAGGAGCGUUUGGCACGCAUUCGGACCCUGGGCGAGUCCGACGAAGAAACGGACAAUGUGUCCAAGUGGGUCGAUCGCAACAAGCGUGUCGUCAAUGAGCGCGAGGAGGCGCUGCGCAAGGCCAAAGAGCUGGAGGAAUUGGAUGAGGCGUUUGGUGUCACGGAGCUAAUCGAGCAGGAGACGAAAAAGGCUCGCCAAUUGGCCUACGCCGAUCGGAAUUUGAAGGGUCUGCGCGUUGAGCAUGAUAUGGAUGAUUUUGGUGAGGGUCGCACGGUUAUAUUAACGCUCAAGGAUCAGGAUGUGCUCAAUGAGGAGGACGGCGACACUCUGGUCAAUGUCAACAUGCUCGACGACGAGCGCUAUAAGAAGAAUGUGGCGAACAAGAAGCUCAAUCCGCUAAGCUAUGGCUACAACGUCUAUGAGGAACAAUACGAUGAGCUUGGCAAUCCCAUUGAGCGUUCCAUACUCGAGAAAUACGAUGAGGAUGUCGAAGGACAGCCCCAGAAGCGCAAGAACUUUGUGAUUGGCGAGAAUUUGAAUGAGGAACGCGAGCACAGACGUAAACUGCUCGAAAUCAAGACGAAAUUGGCUGGCAAACACUUGGAAACGCUGCAGGAUUCGAAUGUGAAACUGGCAUCAGAUGUUUUCAGUGCUGAGGAGCUGGCAACUUUUAAGAAGCCAAAGAAGAAGGUUAAGAAACUGCGCCAGAAGCUAAAGGCCGAGGAUCUGGAACCAAUUGCUGAAUUGCCGAGCUCCUCAAAUCUGGGCAGUCGCCAUGGACGUUAUCGCGAAGCAGACGACGAGGACGUUGACAUGAAAGAUGAUUCAAAGUCGCCUCAAAUUAAGCUGGAGGAGGAUGAUUAUGAUUUGGAACGUGUGCUCUGCAAGGCACGCAGGCUGAAGCAGAAAGAGAACAUCAUCAAGAAACCGAUGCCCAUCGAUGUGGCAGCCAUCAAGCGUGACAUUAAGCCCGAGCCCUCGGACGAAGCUAGGAACUCCGAUGGAGUGGAGCUCACCGGCAUCGACACUAAUAUUGUGCUGAAUGCGACGGCGGAGUUUUGUCGGACAUUGGGCGAUAUACCUACUUACGGCAUGGCUGGCAAUCGCAACGAGGACUCCAGUGAUAUGCUGGACUUUGAUAAGAACGAAGCGUUGGAUGAGCAUAUGGAUACAAAUCUGGAGGAGCCAACAUUGAAUCACGGCACAUGGAAUUCGGUUAAUCCAGACGAAGUUAUGCAGCCAGCCGAUUUAGAUAAUCUGGGUGAUGACAUCGAGGAACGUGCGAUUUUGGAUGAGGAGCCCGAUGUGGGUGCGGGCGUGGCGAAUGCUCUGCGCCUCGCCCUCUCCAAGGGCUAUUUGGAGAAGGAGGAAAAGAAUCGACCGAGUAACACAAAAAUGGCUCAUCUGCAGGCCAAGAACUAUUCCAUCGAAGACAAAGCUGCUGGUGAGGACGACAAAAUCGGACGUCGCGAUCGUUUUCAUGCUGGUCCCAUUAUGGACUUUAAGGACAAGGAAACGUUUAAGCCCAAUGUCAAACUAGAUUAUAUCGAUGACAAUGGUCGCAUCCUCAAUCUUAAAGAGGCUUUCCGUUAUCUUUCGCACAAGUUUCACGGCAAAGGACCGGGCAAAAACAAGAUUGAAAAGCGUCUCAAGAAAAUGGAACAGGAUGGCCUAAUGAAAACGAUGAGCUCUACGGACACUCCAUUGUGCACACUGACCAUGUUGCAGCAGAAGCAAAAGGAAACCAAAACGCCAUAUGUGGUGCUCAGUGGCAGCAACAAGAACAACGCUGGCGUUAGCGGCGCCUCAAUUUCAAAGUUUAAGUAGAGCAAAAGCGCUGAACACAACCAAAUGCAAUAGUUACUUCCAAAAUUACAAACUAAAUGCUUAUCGUAGUUGAUAUACACAUAAGUUUAGAAUUCAGAACCAUACAAACCGCUAAUAUUUAAAUCGCAUAUUUAUUGCAACUUAACAAUAUACAAUAUAUACUAAUUAUCCAAUCCAAACAGCAGCCAGAUAGUCCUUAGAAUACUUUUGUUGAAAAUGAUGAAUAUUUUUCUAAAAAAGAUUAUAAUUAAGGUUUUUAAAUUUGAUUUCGCAAAUUCAAUUAAAAUUUGUGUUUUAAAUAUUGCUCAGUCGACUAAACUGGUUAUCAAGAGUUGUAUAAACAUUAGAAACUCUCCUAAACGAAAUCAUGCAUUUGCUUUGGAUAAAUAAACAAUAAAUAUUUUAAUUCUUA